AUGCAAUGUCUCGUUGCCAAAAGACGGACACAUGCAGGCGGUGGGAGAAAGAGAAGCCUUGUUGGUGGGAACAACUAUUUUCCCUUUCGCUAUCGGCGAACCGGUCGCUUUUCAGCGAGAGGCAGCGAUGCGAAGUCUGGCGGAUGGGAGAGCUCCUCCGCUCCUCCUUCUCCUCCUCCUCCUCCUCCUCUUUCACCCUCUUCCCACCCCGAGGAAGCCGGACAACCUCGAGCCCUCGGGCCAGAGCUGGCGGCUGUCCAAUUGGCGAAAACACACUCUGGCCCUCGGAGCGCGGCGUGUGAAAGGGUGUGGACAUGGUGUGAAUCUGGCCCAGAACACGGGCCGACGAGAGCCAAACUCUGGCCAGGUUUGCGUGGAGUUGGCCGAAUAGAAUGCGGUUUUUACACACCGAGUUCUGCUGUUAACCCCAAAUUGUGUGGACGUGUCGAUGGGUGUAAAGUCGACCGCGUUCUGACACGUGGGCGAUAG